AUGGGACUAACAAGAAAUGGAGAACACAAAAGAAAAAACACGGGUGGAAAGAAAUCAGUAAGAAUUAGUAGAAAGAAGCACGCCAUUGCUAGACAGCCAGCAAGCACAAAGGUUGGAAUAACCAAAGUAAAGCAGCUAAGAGUUAGAGGAGGAAGAUACAAGAUGAGAGCAUUGAGAUUAGCCAGCGGCAGUUUCACUCUUAAGACACACAACACCACAAUGAAGUGUGCUAUUAACCAGGUGAUCUACCACGGAAGUAACAAUGAGUUAGUAAGAACUAACACAUUAACCAAAGGAUGUGUUGUAAAGCUAGACCCAACUGGUUACACCCCAGUAAUAGAAAAGAUUCUUGAGGCAGAAAAGGACAUUUUGGACAUUGAUCCAGUAUUUGUCGAUGAGUUCAAGCAAGGAAACUUAUACGGAGUAAUUACAUCAAGACCCGGUCAGUCUGGAAGUGCCGAUGGUCACAUAUUACAGUCUGAAGAGCUCAGCUUCUACCUCAGCAGAGUGAAGAGCAACAAACAGAGAAAAUAAAUAAUGUGG